UCCUCUGCUUCCCUCUGCAAAUAAAAUCUCUGCCACUUAAAAAGUUAAAACCCCAGGCCAUAGACAUCCUCUUCUCCACAGCCCAUAGCCAUAUCGUAGAGUUUUUGUUUCUUCCACUCUUCUUCUUCUUCUUCUUCUUCUUCAGUUUCGCAGAGACAUUGUAACAAAUGAUACUUCAAACGGUGCUCUCCUCUGGUCCGCUCCUCUUCUCUCCAUGCUGCUCUACUUAUAAGAGACUCAAUCCCCUUUCCUUCUCCAAACGACGUCGCGGCCUGCGUCGUUGGCAUUUCAUCAGACCUAGGCCUUUCGCUGCAGUUGCUGCAGCAGAGAAUGGCGUGUUUACAUCUCCAGAGAUAGCGAAGACGUUCGAUUUUGCUUCGGAGGAACGGAUAUACAAUUGGUGGGAGUCCCAAGGUUAUUUUAGGCCAAACUUUGACCGAGGAAGCGAUCCAUUUGUGAUUUCAAUGCCGCCUCCUAAUGUUACUGGGUCUCUGCAUAUGGGACAUGCAAUGUUUGUGACCCUUGAGGAUAUUAUGGUUAGGUACCAUCGAAUGAGAGGAAGGCCAACACUUUGGCUUCCUGGGACUGAUCAUGCUGGUAUUGCAACCCAGUUGGUAGUUGAAAGAAUGCUUGCAUCUGAAGGAAUAAAAAGGGUUGAUUUAAGUAGAGAUGAGUUCACAAACCGAGUUUGGGAAUGGAAAGAGAAGUAUGGUGGAACCAUCGCAAAUCAGAUUAGGAGACUUGGUGCUUCCUGUGAUUGGAGUAGAGAACGCUUCACCCUUGAUGAACAGCUAAGUCGAGCUGUUAUUGAGGCCUUUGUCAGGCUUCAUGAGAAAGGCUUAAUCUAUCAAGGAUCUUAUAUGGUCAACUGGUCUCCCAGUCUGCAGACUGCAGUUUCGGAUUUGGAAGUAGAAUAUUCCGAAGAAUCUGGUGCACUGUAUUACAUUAAGUAUCGUGUUGCUGGAGGUUCAAGUAGUGACUAUUUGACAAUAGCGACAACACGUCCAGAAACUUUAUUUGGUGACGUAGCGAUUGCAGUGCAUCCAAAGGAUGAUCGGUAUUCUAAGUAUAUAGGUAUGAUGGCAAUUGUGCCUAUGACAUAUGGCCGUCACGUCCCUAUCAUCUCUGACAGGCAAGUGGAUAAAGAUUUUGGAACUGGUGUGCUGAAGAUAAGCCCUGGGCAUGAUCAUAAUGAUUAUCUUCUUGCCAGAAAGCUUGGUCUCCCAAUACUUAAUAUAAUGAACAAGGAUGGGACACUUAAUGAAGUUGCUGGAUUGUUCUGUGGCCUUGAUCGGUUUGAGGCUCGGAAGAAACUUUGGGCAGAUCUGGAGGAGACAGGCUUAGCUGUAAAAAAAGAACCACACACUCUACGAGUUCCCAGAUCCCAACGUGGUGGAGAAAUAAUAGAGCCACUUAUAAGCAAGCAGUGGUUUGUUAGUAUGGAGACCCUGGCUGAGAAAGCACUUCGUGUAAUUGAAAAAGGAGAAUUAACCAUUAUUCCUGAAAGAUUUGAGAAGAUUUACAAUCACUGGCUAUCAAAUAUUAAGGACUGGUGUAUAAGUAGACAACUAUGGUGGGGGCACCGCAUUCCGGUUUGGUACAUCGUGGGGAAAGACUGUGAAGAAGAAUACAUAGUUGCUCGGAGUUCUGAUGAAGCACUUGAGAAAGCUCGUGCAAAGUUUGGAAAAGAUGUAGAAAUAUAUCAAGAUCCAGAUGUUCUUGACACUUGGUUCUCAAGUGCGCUAUGGCCUUUUAGUACUCUUGGAUGGCCAGAUGUGUCUGCAGAGGAUUUUAAACGGUUUUAUCCAACAACAAUGCUUGAAACUGGGCAUGACAUAUUGUUUUUCUGGGUGGCAAGGAUGGUCAUGAUGGGAAUUGAGUUCACAGGGACUAUUCCUUUUUCAUAUGUUUAUCUACAUGGACUCAUCCGAGACUCACAAGGGCGUAAAAUGUCAAAAACACUGGGUAAUGUAAUAGAUCCAAUUGAUACUAUCAAGGAAUUUGGCACUGAUGCUUUACGUUUCUCAAUUGCCUUGGGAACUGCUGGCCAGGACCUUAAUUUAUCCACGGAGAGAUUGGCCUCGAACAAGGCCUUCACUAACAAAUUGUGGAAUGCUGGCAAGUUUGUGUUGCAGAAUUUGCCUGAUCAGAAUGAUGCUACUUGGGAAAGUAUACUUGCUUAUAAGUUUGACAUGGAGGAAUCUCUAAUUGCACUACCCUUACCAGAAUGUUGGGUGGUCUCAAAACUUCAUUUGCUUAUUGACAUGGUGACAUCAAGUUAUGAAAAAUUUUUCUUUGGAGAUGUUGGAAGGGAAACAUAUGAUUUCUUUUGGGGUGAUUUUGCUGAUUGGUAUAUUGAGGCCAGUAAAGCUCGGCUUUAUCACUCUGGGGGCGAUUCAGUUGCACCAGUGGCACAGGCAGUCCUGUUGUAUGUUUUCGAAAACAUACUAAAAUUGCUGCAUCCCUUCAUGCCUUUCGUUACUGAGGAAUUAUGGCAGGCACUCCCCCAACGGAAAGAAGCUAUUAUGGUGUCUCCUUGGCCACAAACUUCACUUCCAAGGCAUGCCAACUCAAUAAAGAAGUUUGAAAAUUUACAAGCUUUAACUAGAGCAAUACGGAAUGCUCGAGCGGAAUAUUCUGUUGAACCAGGGAAGCGUAUAUCUGCAUCUAUUGUUGCAAGUGAAGAAGUAAUCCAAUAUAUAUCUAAAGAAAAGGAGGUUCUAGCGCUUCUCUCCAGGCUAGAUGUUCAAAAUGUCCAAUUCACAAAUUCUCCUCCAGGAGAUGCAGAACAAUCUGUCCACUUAGUAGCUGGUGAAGGACUAGAGGCAUAUCUCCCUCUUGCUGAUAUGAUUGAUAUUUCUGCUGAAGUUGAACGUCUUUCUAAGCGCCUUUCCAAGAUGCAGACAGAGUAUGAUGGACUUAAAGCUCGCCUAAGUUCCCCGAACUUUGUGGAGAAAGCUCCGGCUGACGUUGUCCGUGGGGUCCGAGAAAAAGCAGCAGAAGCAGAAGAAAAGAUAAUUCUCACCAAAAACCGUCUAGCUCUCCUCAAAUCAACUACUCCAAUUACAAAUUAAGUUUCAGAAUUGACUCAAUUACAAAUCUUCAGAGCGGAAAUCCUCUUCACAAUGUUUUCACCGGAUAUUGAAACAUUUGGGAUAAACAUCGUCAUCAUCAUAAUGGAUUUGAUGGUGGUUAAUCGUUUCAGAUGGCAGCUAGCUAGGGUUGUGAGAAGGUCCAUGCAAUGCCAGAAAGCUUCUUUACCGUGCUUCACAUACUACGAGUUAGAGCAGUUGGAUAGAAUUGGGUGUGAUGGAUGCUAACAGCUUCUUCAUUUCUUCAGUGUCAAAGUUGUGGCAACGUUUUUGUUGUAUUGUUCUCCGGCUAAUGAUUGCUAGUGCUACUGUAGAUUAAAUUUAUUUUGUAAUCUUAAUUUCUUUUUUCUUUUAUGCCAUAACGUGAUUUAAUAAAAACUUCUUUCUGUUA